AUGCAAAGACCGUCGACAGGUAUAUCUGUACUACAAAAUAAGUUCGACAAAUCUCGCAGAUUAUCAAGAAACGAAUUAGGGGAGUACCAUGCCUCUUCUGGAAGCACAAGGCCAGCUACACCUGGCCAAAAUGUCUUGGCAAGACCACCAUCUACUUCUGUUUUACUUAACCAAACACAAAGCAAUAGUUUUCGAUUACCCACAAGUUCUAGCAACUCCAUAUAUUUGAAUAGUGGAAUCGCCACACCUGGACAAACAAAUAUAAAUGUUAUAGAAAGACCAAUUACACAGCAUGGAGUGGCUGGUGUUAGACCUGGAACGGGUAGAGGAUUAUCCAUGAUGAGACAAAUUCAGGACAAAAGAUAUUACAGUGGACUCAUGCAACUGAAGAUGAGGGACUUAAAUCAAGAAAUUGCCAUUCUCAUGAAAAAUAUUGAAGAUCAAAAUAAAGAAAGAGCUACCUACCUCCAUUACGACAAACGAGCUAAAGAUUUAGCUACAGAAUUAACAACUCUGCAAGGACAGUUGGCUGACUAUAAUAUUGUUGUAGAUAAAAUGACAUCCGAUAUUGGAAAAGAAAUUGUACAACAAGAAACAGAAGAGCUUGCAACAAAGAACGAGCAAAGUUUAUCAAGAAUUGAAAACAUGUUUGAGGAAAGGAAACAAUUAGAACAACAAUUAAACAAGUUAGAAAAACAGUUGGAAAAUGAGAAGAAAAGAAGAGAAAGGCUUGUAGAGAGCAUGAAUUUGAACAUGAGAGAAAAGUAUAAUGAAUUGUUAAAUGAAAAAGCAAGCUUACAAGAAAAAACAAAUAAAAUGCAACAAACAUUGGAUGAGUUAUCUAAGGAACAAGUUUAUUUAGAGGAAGAAAUAGUAUUGUCACCUUUAAAACAGGAAGCUGUUAAGUUACAGCUUCAAAUUAUAGAAACAGAGGAGAAACGAGGAAAGUUAAAAGAAGAAGAAGAACAUAGGAUAUCCCCGGAAGAAGAAAAAGAGAAGCUUUUACAAAAAGUUAAGCAAGACAACAUAGACAUUGCAGCUGCCGAAGCUCAAUUAGCUGAAAAGAAGAAAGCGAUCGAAGAGAUCGAGCACGAACUCGAACUAUUGGAAACCGACAUAGAGGAUACCGAGUCUGAAAAACAAAUUAAAUACAAUGAACUUCGUAAGAGAGAAGAAGUUAUGGAACAGUUUAUGUCUACUUUUGAACAAAAUAAACAAGACGAAACAAAGAAGUUAUAUAAAUUAGAAAAAACAGUCAUUGGGUAUUUGGGAAAUAUUUCAAGUAUGUUAGAUACUGAUAUAGAUUUCGUAGAUGGUGACGAAAUGGCUAUAUUGAACAAUAUAAUUUCCUAUAACAAUACUGAACGCGUCAAUAAUGAUCAGAAUUCCGAAGGAUUGACGAAAGAAAAUGUAAAAUUACAGCAUGUGUUAAAUAAGAUGGAGAUGUUGGAGCAGAGACUCAAAGUAGAAUUGUCUGACCUUAAUGAAACAAUGAAUAAAAAAGAAAACAAACUAACGAUCUUAGAAGAUAUAAGUAAUUUAAAAUCUACAUUGUCGACGAAACAGGAACAGUUACUAGCGGAAUGCGAACGGUUAAAGAAACAACAAUCACAGAAUAUACAAGAAUUGAAGGCACUUCAGCUUGAAUACGACAAAAUAAAAGAGCGUUUAACGAAUAAUGAAAUAUACAUUCAGAUUAAUGUAUUAGAGAACACAGUAGAAAAAUUAGUGGAUGAACAUAAAAACAUUACAGAUUCUAUAAAUAAGCAGAAAAAACGUUUUAACUAUGGUCCAGUGAAAGAAGAUACUUUAAAUUCAAUGUGUAAUUAUAACACUAUAUUGAAGGACAAUUUAAAAACUGUUUACUAAUUCAGAUUAUUUGUAUUUCUAUCACUAUUCUUUUCAGAUUCUGAUUCUU